UGAUAUUUAACCUAGAUUACCCGAACUACCUGAAAGUCACCGAACCAGAAGCGAAACAAAAUAAGAACCAAAAAUUUCCGGGUAUUUUGGCUCCUAAUACCCUAGUCGAUUCUUGGAGAUCUGUGAUUGAGUUGUUGAUUAUGCAGAUCUUCGUUAAGACACUCACGGGAAAGACGAUCACCCUUGAGGUGGAAAGCUCUGACACCAUCGACAAUGUUAAAGCCAAGAUUCAAGACAAGGAGGGUAUUCCUCCGGAUCAGCAGAGGCUCAUCUUCGCCGGAAAGCAGCUCGAGGACGGGAGAACCCUAGCCGAUUACAACAUCCAGAAGGAGUCGACUCUACAUCUCGUCCUCAGGCUCCGUGGUGGCAUGCAGAUCUUUGUCAAGACCUUAACGGGAAAGACGAUCACACUCGAGGUGGAGAGCUCCGACACCAUCGAUAACGUCAAGGCUAAGAUACAGGACAAGGAGGGAAUCCCGCCCGACCAGCAGCGUUUGAUCUUUGCCGGCAAGCAGUUGGAGGAUGGUCGUACAUUGGCCGACUACAACAUUCAGAAGGAGUCGACUCUUCAUCUCGUGUUACGUCUGCGUGGAGGCAUGCAAAUCUUUGUCAAGACCUUGACUGGUAAGACCAUCACACUGGAGGUCGAGAGCUCGGACACGAUUGAUAACGUCAAGGCCAAGAUCCAAGACAAGGAAGGCAUCCCUCCAGACCAGCAGCGUCUCAUCUUCGCUGGAAAGCAGCUUGAGGAUGGUCGCACCCUAGCCGACUACAACAUCCAGAAGGAGUCUACCCUUCACUUGGUGUUGCGUCUCCGUGGUGGCUUUUAAUGUCUCGUUUUCUUGAAAACUUAUCAUGGUUUGUGUGUGUGUGUGUUUGAGGCAUUAUAAAGCCUCUUAAAUAAUUGAUCUCUCUUUCUCACUUAUCAUGGUUUGUGUGUGUUUGAGGCAUUAUAAAGCCUCUUGAAUAAUUGAUCUCUCUUUCUCUUUCCGUUCUAAGAUCCAUUCGAAUGUUUCUAUCUUGGAAUAUAUUUUCUUUACUCUU